AUGUUGAUGGAGCUGAUUUAUCCCUGUGCACCUGUGUUGGAGCCUGCACGGCUGGCCGAAAAGCAUCAUCACGACCCUCGCACAUGCACGCUUGCGCUGGCUGAUGGAAGCGGAGGAAGACAACUCAGCCGCUCCUUCUCCUCCUCCUCAUCCUCCUCUCCCGCGGCAGCAACGAACAGCGGCUUCUUGGUCCAUAUCGGAGCAGUAAAGGUCAAUUUAUCGCCAACCUCUGCAAGGAAUCGAUGUCCAACAGCUGUCCAUCACUGCUCAAUCCCCCAGAGAGCGGCUCCUGAUUUGAUUUGCAGCCACAGUCCACGCGCAGACAAUCCGCAGAGGAAAACACAGCGGCGGCGUGUCAUGAAGUGUCCCCCUCAGGUGCCACGGUGCGCUCCCGCAGGCUCGAAUAUUACGCUCGGUGUCUGUUUGGAGCGUGGCAUCACAACAUAUUUACCGCUGAAUUGCUGCUUCUGGAGUCAUUCAACCAAGUGUGCUUCCUGCAGGCCGCCUCUCCGCACAGCUGCUAUUGGAGGAGGAGAAGGGGUGAGUCACGCUUUGACGCGCUUUCAUUGGACGAGAGGGCGGUCCAUCCACGUCUCAGGGGCUGUGCGACCCCCCGGGCACUUUCGAUGAAUGGGCGGGUCUUCGCUCACAGCUGGAAGGUACCUCACACACCCCCACAGAAACACACCCACACACACACCUUCACUGAACCCUGUUCGUCCCAUCUUAAAAUGGGAAUCCUAGAAGUCUUUGGCAUGAAUUUUCUCACCUUUUGGAAAAAUGUACAGAUAAUUUCAUGAGCUGUUAUCACUUUGCUAAGAUGACAGCCUGUAACCAUAACAUCUAAACAAAUAAAUCUUAAAAAAACUGCUGCAGGAGCGGAUUCAGGUUUACACCUUCAGGGGGGCUUGCCCUUAUACCAAAGGUUUUACUGAUCGAGAAAUAUUUUCCUCCAAUCGAUCAUUUUUAUAACAAAAAUAUCAUUGUCAGUAAUUAUGAAUUAAUCUAACAUAAUGACUCGACUAUAACUUUAUUUUCAUAAGGAAAUUACUUAAAACCAUUUUCUAAUCUUUAAAAAAAUCCUUUUAACCUUCCUCCUGUGUUAGCUUUUACUACGCACCCACCAUGUUAAGGGUCGGUUUUGACCCGUGUCUUAAAUCAGCUGUAACUGACAGUAAAAACAUUUCUCUAUCAUCCAAUUUAGUUCUCUUUAUUAUCCAUGAAAAUAUUGCUUAUAAUAGUUUUUGUUGUGGGCCUCUGGGUCUUUCUUUGUCAGUAUACCCCUCACACAGACAUCCAUACUGAACUGAGACAUGCACAAAGUUGUUCUUUGUGCAGGGAAAAACAUGGCAAAAUGAGAAUUUCCUAAAUCCUACAUGAUUGGAAGAGGACCUGAUGGUCAGUGUGGUGCCUGACAGUGCACUUAUGAUUUUAGUUUUUGCUCUAAUUAUUAGAUAUUUAUCUAACCAGGUCAACAGCGACCCUAACACCACAAGUGCCAUAAUUUUAACAAGAGCAAUUUGUAAUUUAGUCAAUUCAAUUUUUCACUUUUACUUUGUUGAAAUAGAGGUUCCUGACAAAGUCAAAAAGUCUUGAUGCACAAAAGCAAAUUUAAGUGGCUCUUUGAACACUUUAAAAUUAAAAAUGGGUUGGUGCAGACUCUAACACAAGAGGAGGGUUAAACAAGUGGCUCAAAUACUCUAUGAUAGUCUUUAUUUUUGGUGACAUGGACUUUAUCGGUCAACUUCCUUAUGUUCAACAAUUCUACAAAAUAUCAUAACAAAAGACCUAUGUCUAUGAUAAGAAUGUAUUAGGCUGUAUGAAUAUUUACAAGCCACUUAGCACUUCACCAAACACUGUAAUUCAACUCCAAAAACUGUAUUCACCCCCUAAAUUAAGUUACAAUGAUGUGACGGAGUUGCCGACCCAUAAAAACAACAAAACAAACAGGUGACACAAUCAACAGCAACAUUUGGAGAUGUUACUGUGUUGUAGGAGAGCUUCACUAUAAAGUAAUGUCCAAAUCAAAAGAUAUAGUAGAUGACACUUGAUCAAAUACAAGUCCUUUAUAAGGAACAGUCCUUUGAUUAUUUAUUGCUAUCAGUGUUUAUCAGCCUGAUAGCAGCAGGAACAACAGAGUUUAAAUAUCUGAUAGUUUCCUUAACGAGAAGGUGAGAUAUUGUCCUCCUGACAUUGUAAGGUGUUAUUCAAUGUGAAUUCAUUCUGUUCUUAUGUAAAUGACUUCGGUUCUUUUUACACUAUUUUUUAUUGGACAAAAAGAGCCUACACCUGAUUGUCAGCACACCAAAAAUGACUUAAUUCUGCAUUUUACUUUCUGUCAUUACAAGAGACACAGGGACUUCCCUGAAACUCCUGUGAGGAUUUUUUGACAACUCUGACUGAGACUGAGAUUCAUAUUAAAAGAAAAAAAGGAAAGAAAACACCAGUUUCCUGAAUCUUUACGUUACCCAGCUGUCCUGAGUGUCAGUCAGUGAUCAUUUACAUACUGUGAAAAAGAGCAGUGGGCUCCCCGAAGUUGACAUUGAGUGCUAAUGAAUGUAUUUGAAGGCAUGUGACGAGCAGCCUCGUGUGUUUGCCGUGACCGGCACACCUCCAGCUGAAUUCAGUUUUCAGAGAACAUCAUGGGUGAGAGUGUGUUAGAGAGGGAGAACAGGAGCGUCCUUUCAGCUCAGUCCUCUAUGAAUAAAAAGGGGAACUUUGAUAUAAAUCUGAUAAGUAUCUCUCUAAAAUCAAGCCGUGGAACUUAUUUUCUCUGCUUGUCUUAUGACUGCUUGCUGCUUCCCUUUUAUCUUUAGUAUCUCACACGAACCUAAAAUACUUUAACAAUGACUUAUACAAUGAACUAGAGGCGCUGUGUCCAAUGUUGUUAAACGUACACAAAAAAAGGCCAGAUAAUAAGAAGAAUCUGAAUUAUUCACUUAAUCUGACUUGUUCAUCGCCAAAGAACGCUUUUCAGUGGUUGGGAGAGGCUUCGAGUGUCAUGAACACAAACAUAAAAAUACUUUGUUUUCACAAAAUAUUAGUCAAGAGUAUUGCCAAAAUGUUACACAUGUCAAGACAUCCCGAUAUGAGUAAUUGUUUUUUGGGAUACUGGGCCUAGAUCUAAAAGUUAUCACACCAAAAAAUCAUCCAAAUUUUGUAUUUGUACUAUUUUUCUUAAAGCUCCUGUGUUUUUUUUUCUUUUUUUACAUCUCUGAAAUAGACUGAAAUUCAUGUUGAAUGUUUUUUAAUGAGGUUCAAAAGCAAACAAAAUCAUACAUGACAUAAUUGGCUACUUUGACACAGUAAUUUGUAAUGCCUGAAACCUGUCUGUAGGGGGGAUAGGAGUCAGUCAAGCAGCUGAAAAAGCGCCAUUUUUACAAUGCCCUCAUAAAUUACAAUAAAUGAUGUGCUUGACUCUCAAAAGUUAACAGGAUGAGUUUUUCUGUCAGACAACAGUACUUUAUCAUGCCAAGGACAAGAAAAGCAAAGAUUGCUUUGUCGACAAGAAGCAGCUGGCACCUACCACUUCACACUCACUUCAGCCCUUAAAAAUUACACUAUAAGAAUUGUCGAUGUUGUCGCUCAUUUGCUUGUGAAUAACAUGAAAAAGCAUCAGUAUGACUUUCAGCUGAUUUCAUGAAUGUGAAAAAACUCCUGACAGGAGCUUUACGUAGUCUCAUGUGUACAAAGCAGUUGUGCAGUUCCUUCAGUAUGUGUACGAUUUUAUGUAAAUUACUGAUAAAUUUAGAUAAACUAUUUUGUCUUUAUCUUUGCUUUCUGUGAAUCUGAUUGGCUGUACUUUUUCCAGACUUGACAAUGUCCAACUGAAUGAAAAGCAACUUUUAUAUACCAUAAAGUUUAUCAUGUUAAUUGUAUAUUUGCAACUGUAUACCAACAGUAUUGUUGAAAAAAAGUGUAUUGGAGAACAUGAGAUAUUAAUGUUGUGCUAAAAGAAGUAUAACACUAGUUGCCACACAACUUGUGUAAGGAGAGAGAUGAAGUAGCAGUGAGUGAGUGAGCUUAAAGCCUCUCUCAUUAGACUCUCAGAGAUGAUUAAUGAAGUAAUGUGUUGCUGUUUCUAAUGUGACUGAUUAUGUUGUUUCAUUAUAUCAUCUGAUAUCAUUAUUGUCCUAUUUGCAACUAAGAGUUAUCCUGGAGACAAGUUUGGAUAACAUUGUAUGAUUGCGACCCAGAGGUGGUGGUUACUUGAAGUUUGGGGAAACAUAUUAGUGCAAAGGCUCAUCACACAUCAUGAAUUAUCCUCCUGCAUUAAUUUGAUCAAACUAGCAUUAAACAGAUUUUCAGACCUUUGAAUUUUUAACAAUAAUAAAUCUAACCCCACAAAUGUUCUUGUAAAGCAACAACUCCCCCCUGUGGUUUUAAAUGGAGCUCUGCUGCCAUCAUCUGAGUGCUGGAUGAACAUGCUCAGCAGUUAAUCAUCUCACACAACAUGCACACAUUAAGAAAAACACUCUGGUAAGAGAGAGGAGUCACUUAUUUUUGACUUAUUUUACAGUAAAGGAAAUAAAAGAUGCACUACACUGGCUACAUUUAUUUCAGCUACAGUAUUUACACUCCUUUCACACUGAAGGACAGGCUCUAUAACUUCAUAGAAACAUGGUCUGACCUCAAGGCCAGCUACAGUGCGUCACAAUAAAUUCUCUGUGGACAGAAUAGAGCAAGAAGUGACCUCAGACAAAACCUCUGUCGCUGUUUUUAAACCUCACUUCUUCUGUUAAAGGCAGAGCAUGCAGCCAGAACUUCAACAGUCAAGAUUUCCAUCAAACAAAAGUCCUUUUCAGGUUUUCUAUCCACAGGAGAAGCUGUUUGGAUGAGCUGGACGGUGCUUCAUCUCUGCUCCUGUGGCAGACCAUGCUGCCAUAUGUGCAAAGUUUAGAAGAGUUAACCAUAGAGAAAAACAUCCAACAACCACGGCAUGUUCUCUCUCUCUCUCUCUCUGUCUGUCAUACUUUUUCAGAUUUCUUUUAUGUUUUCUUGCUUCAUUUUUCUAUUCACAGGUAUUUAAAGUCAGACUCUCCUCUACAUAUUGAGACAUUUAAGUGGUCUUUUUAAACUGCACUUGUACAUGUAUUUUUAUUAGUACUCUUUCUAGUUAUUUGUUGUGUUUGCAUUAAUGCUUCCACUGACACAAAUAUCCUCAUGGAGAACUAAUGUCAUUUGAAGUCAACAGAAUACAGAUUUCACAAAUGAUAAAGCUGAGCCUGGUCUCUGACCUUAAACACAAUGGUUCAAAAAGAGUAUAGAAAAAGGGUUGAAAUGAAAAGACUGAUGAUUCCUAUGAAAAGGUUACAGCAGCGUAUCAUCCUUUGUUCACUUGUCUUGUUUAACUUGACACAUAUGUUGACAGUGUCUUACAAGAGUCAUAAAAACCAUUGUGUGAUGUCUUAAAUGGUGUUUCAGAUAAUUCCAGAGGAUUCAGUCCCCAUCAGUGACGUUUUUUCUCUCUUUGAUAAGCAGGAGGAAAUGACGAGCAGCACUGCAGCGAUGUGACUCAUCUUGGUAGAAAACGACCUUUAUAGUCUCUCUGGGAACCCUGCAACACACGCGUACCCUCAUAUUCAUACGCACUCUCACACACAGAAACAAACACAGUCAUCUGUCAAUUACAGAUGCAGCUCGCUCUGCUCUUAAGAGGUGAGGAACUACCCAGCUCAUCUAUGCACAGUUCAAAAGCCAGUAUCUAAGUGCCCACAGCAUGGGUAGCCUACUAUUAAUAAAAAAUAUGAUGAAGGAGACCUUGAACUGUGAGCUGAAGCAGAAAUAGGAUGUUUCUCUUUUAAAACUCCAGAAACUGGUCUCUUUGCUUUCCAAGCAUUUGCAGAGUGUUGUUAAAAGAGAAUACUGAUAAGGAUGCCUCUGUCCUAACUUUAGUGAAACAUGUUGCAGGCACCAAAUAUAAAAUGAUUGUAUAUCCUCAUUGAUGUGUUAGCAUAGCACUAUUUACAAUUAAAUAUCGGCUUUAAAUAAUAUACAAACCGUUAAAACCUGUUUGUAUAAAAAUAAUUCCCACUGUCUCCCAAUUCAUUUAGAGUUUGGGUUGUAUAUGCUUCUCACAAGAUAACACAGGUGACUGUCUGUGUGUAUCUUCAUGUGAUAAUCUGCUAUUUUCUUCUUGCAGGAGCCUGAGGGGUCUAGAGAACAACAAUUGCACCUCAAAGGUGGGAGUGGUAGGAGGCGCAAAGUGAAACAGUCUUCCAGUGGAUACACAAAAAGACUUUCAACUCCUAGAAAAGAAAUAUUUGGAGGUAUAAGUCCUACUGUUGGAGGAAAUGCAGCUGAAGUCAUUUGGUUAUAA